AUGCAACUGAAGAAGGCCGCCUUAGAGAAGGAGGAUUUUGAAGCCGUCGGUAAUGCGUUGGCUGAUUUGGAUCUUGAACGUCUGCCAGGACACCUAAAGCAUGUCGGGUCGGAUUGGUUCGCUAUCUUCAACCCAGAAGUUCCCCGUGUGCUUGAUGUUGACCUUGUUCACGCUCUUGAACACCCAGGUGUCGUCGGCUGUGUUACAUUCAGCUAUGAUGGAAAAUAUAUUGCUACUGGCUGUAAACGGGUCGCACAGAUCUUCGAUGUUGUCACUGGACAGAAGAUUAAUAUCCUCGAAGAUAAAUCGGUUAAUUACAUAUUUGAUUUUUAUAUCAGAAGUGUUUGCUUUAGUCCUGAUGGAAGAUAUCUUGCUACUGGUGGAGAUGACCAAUUGAUUAGAGUUUGGGACAUCGCUUCUAGAAGCCUUAGAAACACCUUUGAAGGUCACGAGGAUGAUAUUUACUCCUUAGACUUCGCACGCGAUGGUCGUACUAUUGCUUCAGGGAGUAAUGAUAAAACCGUUCGUCUCUGGGAUAUUGAGGCUGGCCAAAAUGUUCUUACUCUUAGUAUUGAAACUGGUAUUACUUCUGUUGUCAUUUCCCCAGAUGCCAAGCUCGUCGCAGCCGGGUGUCGGGACAAGUGUGUUCGAGUCUGGGAUACUUUCACCGGAUACCUCCUUGAGCGUCUUGAGGGCCCUGAUGGACACAAGGACGAUGUAUACUCCGUUGCUUUCGCACCGAACAGCAAGGAUCUCGUGUCUGGUAGUUUAGAUAAGACGAUCAAGAUGUGGGAGCUCGCUACCCCAAGUCUCCCAAGAGGUGUACACCCCAACAACGCUCCUAAGGGUGGUCGCUGUAUUAAGACCUUCGAGGGCCACAAGGACUUCGUUUUCUCCACCACUUUUACGCCCGAUGGAAAUUGGGUUCUCUCCGGCUCCGCGGACCGUGGAGUUCAGUUCUGGGAUUUACAAACGGGCAAUGUUCAACUCAAGUUACAAGGCCAUAAGGGCAGCGUUAAUAGCAUUGCGGCGAGCCCAAGCGGAACUUGCUUCGCGACGGGCAGUGGAGAUAGGUGGGCGAAGAUCUGGAGCUAUAAACCUUUUCCGUAA